AAUGAUUAAAGUGUUACAUUGGAUAUAGUAAAAAAUUUAAAGAAAGAAUUAAAUUCGGAGGGAGAGAGUACAUUUUAAUGAACCCAAAAAAAAACCAAACUUUUUCUUUAAGGAGGGGGGGGGGGGGGGGGGGNUAGUAUUAAUUAGAUUGUCAAUCAACCCUGACCACCAUAUUCUUCUUUCUUCUGGGCAAAAUAUUGGGUUAAAAAUGGGAAGAGAAAAAUCUCCUUCACCUCUUCCAGUAAAAGAAACUUCCAACUCUGAUGAAAUCUUCAUGCACCACAGCAUACACUUCACUCACAGCUUGAAGGAGUUGAAGAGCCUAAGGGAACAACUGUACUCUGCAGCAGAGCAUUUUGAGUUGUCUUUUGGAGAAGAUGAACACAAGCAUCUAGUGGUGAAUAGCCUGAAAGAUUAUGUGAGCAAAGCAGUGAUUAGCACAGUGGAUCACUUGGGGUGUGUGGCAUCUAAACUGGACACUUUCUUGGAUGAAAAAGUGGAUCAAUUUUCUACCACCCAACUUAGAUUUUCUUCCAUUGAACAGAAAUCGAGAUCACACCAGCAACUCAUCGACCGGAGCGGGCUGAUGCAAAAUUCGUUCCUUGUGGCAGCACCAAAGUAUCAGAAACACUAUUAUACUAACUCAUGUGUGACGGGUACAAUGCGUGGCUCUCUCAAAUGGGAUGAGAAAUAUACAAAGGAAUGCUCAAUGUAUGUUGAAGAAGAUGAUAUGCAACCAAGGCAAGCUUAUCAAAGAGGAAGUAAAGCAAAGGGACAUCGUCCUCCCCUACCGAGGAGGAAUCACAAGCCAUCAACAGUAGAAAACUCUCAAAAUCUGCAGGGUUUUUCGUUUACGAGAGUUGCAUCUAACAAAGAGGGCGGGAAACGGACACAUUCUCCACUUAGGUUUAUCCUCAAGCGUUCUGGGUCAAAUGCUAACAGACCGGCGUCUCCAUCUGCUUGCAAUCGACAACAGCACCUAGAUCAGGCAAAAAGCAAUCAACAAGAUCUGCAACUCCAAUCUAAAAAGACCAAACAUAUGCUCAAAGCACUGCUUAGCAUCCACAGAUCACAAAAGGGGGUAGCAUCUAGAUACCGUGAUGACAUGUGAAAGAGGAAAGGAGUCAUAAAACAAUUUUCCAUGCUGGACACAAAUUGUAUUGUGUAUCUUUUAGCUAGCUGUGUUGUAAUGUUCUUGAGAAUAAACCCUUGAGCGUGUUACAUUGGUUAAAUGCCACACGAUGUGAUAAUGCGUAAAUAUAAAUGUUGAGACUUUGUACAUUGUAUUGGCUCUCAUGUA